AUGGCCUCUUCCCAGCUCUUCAUCAUCUUUGCCAUUCUAGCAAUUUCUGCCCCUUCAAUUUUGGCGACAAAUUAUGUUGUCGGCGACGGCAAAGGUUGGACCAUAAACUUCGACUACCAAGCUUGGGCUCGGGGAAAGAUGUUUUAUGUUGGCGACAAUCUUGUUUUUAACUAUCCAAAAGGAGUCCACAACGUGUUCAAAGUGAAUGGGACUGGAUUCCAGCAAUGUUCAGCUCCAUUAGACAGUGUGCCAUUAACCAGUGGACAUGAUGUGAUCAGCCUUGCAACUUCUGGAAGAAAAUGGUACAUCUGUGGCGUUGCCCAGCACUGUGCAAUGGGUGGCCAGAAGCUUCUUAUAACCGUGUUCCCAUCAUCGUUUGCUCCAAGCCCCAGCCCCACCUGGGAAAGCAGCAACCCUUCAUGGUCUGCUCCUGCCCCCAGCCCCACCUGGGGAAAGGAGGCAAAAGGCAAGCCAUCCUCGCUUGCUCCUGCCCCCAGCCCCACCUGGGGCUACACUGGCUAG